CAAAGUUUUGCUGACAAGGAGCAUUUUCAACACAAAUCACGCCGCAGCCAGCCUCACAGAGUCGUAGUCAUAUCCAAAUUCUGAUACGGAAUAACUUGAGGUUUUAGCAUUCGCCUGACCCUAUUUUCGUCCUGCCAGAUGCCAGAUUCGUCGAGAUCUCGGCCGUCUUCACGUCGCGGUGUCCCUUGUCACUAUGACAGAGAUCGCGUCACCCAGCCCAACACACACAAAUCUGCCUCCAGCUCCCGGCGAGAAUGGUCAACACCACGAGGGACCGCCAUCCACAACGGGCCCUGAAACCACAAAAUCCGUCAAAAAAGAACCCGAUAAUCCAUCACAGGCCACUAACGGAUUCGAUAACCAUAACGGAGCUCUUGAAUCGCCCGACGAGCAGCAGACCGAGGCCGAGCAUCCGCAGAGCAACGGAACCCGCCACGCGCGAGAGGCGACGAACGCAGACGAUGGCCCCCCUGCCAAACGACGCCGAGUACGUGACACAACGCCGAACAACACGGUGCGCAAACCGAAGCCCGAGUCGCCGCCAUGGAAAAAGAUCGAAGCUGAGGGCCCGACAAGGUUCACAGGUGGCGAUGGUCGUCGAAAGUCGGGGCGUAUUAACACCGUGCCCCUCGAGCUGCAACCUGGCGAUAAACGGAUAACGAGGCGAGUAUCGCAUAAUCAACAGCCUAGUCCGCCUAAGAACCGGAAUGGCUCGAGUAACGGCCAUGGACCGAACCAUAACCCCUCAGCUACGAGUGCAUCCGCCAAGCGUGCCGUGGCCUCGAGCAAACAGCUGCCGUCGAGGCCGCCAACCAACAAGGCUCCUCCGCGAAAAUCUGCAGCACACGAUUCGAAGUCAAGCACCCGUCGCCAAGUGUCUCCGUCAACAAGACAACCUGCCACGCCUGCGAAACAAUCUCUUGGCACGCGCCGUUCGACGCGUCAUCUUAAGGAGAUCAACGACGACGGCGAUGAGACACCCAGCGGGGCGCGCACGAAUCCCCGUAUUAAAAUACGAGUCAGGCCCCCGCUGACGACGAUCCCUCUUGUCCACCGCGAACAGGCAAAUCUACGCCCCAAGCUCGGGCCGAGUUUCGAAGAGUUCUUUGGGCGCGCUGCAGACAUACCGGUGGAGGAAGGGGGCCUCUUCGUUUCGGCUGACGAUGGCCCACGAUAUACGGAGGAGACGGCGUUGGAAGAUGCGCGAGUCAUUCUGCGCGUGGAAAAGGAGGUGGAACCUGGCGGUACCCUCACCGAGGAGAGGUGCUCAGUGUUCGUGCCCGAGCCGGAGGAGGAACCGAGGCACUGGGCGCACGCAGACCAUCUGAUCAAGGCGAUGUCCAAUUUCCGGAAACUGAUGCUCAACGAGCAGCAACGACACCGAGCCGCGGCUAAGAGGCUUGCCAUCGCUUGCGAGGCCGAGUGGAGACGACGAAACCCGCAACCGAAAACAGCAGAAGAAAUCGAACUCGAGCAGGUCGAACAGAGCAAGGCUAGGUGGCGACAAGUGAACAAGGUUAUGACGGGCACUUGGGAAAACGUCAAGGCGGAGGUGAACCGCACACGAUUGGCGGAAUGGGAAGCGGAGGAGCAGCAGAGGGUGAAGGCUGCGCUAAACAAAGCUGUCAGCUUCUCGGAGAAAAAGCUGCAGGCCAGGCAAGCGCGCUUUGAUACGGAAGAACUUUCCGACCAAGACCUGACCGACGAUAUGGUCUCCGAUGGUGACGAUGAAGACGGCUUGGAUGGCGACUCCGACGCGUCCGAUGACAUGGCAGAAGCGGAUGUGGAUGAUGAAGACAACAUGUCAUCCUCGGAUGACGACGAGGACAAGCAAUCUGAGUUGUCCGAUGAGGGCCUUACACAAGAGCAGCUGCGGGAGAAGUAUGCCGAUUUGCCAGCAUUAGAUACCACAUCCGACCUCAAAGCGGGUUCGGACGGAGCUGUCCUAGGAGACGAAACCACAACUCCGGGUCCCGAUCUCGAGGACACCAGCGACGAGUCGAUCGAUAUGGAUGAUGACUUGGGGUCGUCCGAGGAGGAAUCAGAAGAGGAGGGAGAGGAGCAGGGCAGCGACGAGGCCGAAGAGUCUGAUGGUGAACCCGGCGGGCUCCUCGGGCUUCUGUUCGGAAAGUCUGAGCUGAAGAAGCUAAAAGACGAGGCUGCUACCGAAGAAGCCGUGACACAUGAUGUCGACAUGGUAGAUGCUGAUGCUGUCCCGAUACCCGAGGUGCAAGCAGACAACAACCAGCAUGAUGGGAGUGCUUCCAAGGAGGGCGAACAACCGCAAACGGCCGAGACACCGGUCACUGUGGCGGUACCUGAACCACGCCCUGGACUUCUGGCGCGAUCCGAGGAUGAGGUUACCCAGGAGUUAUCUACAGGAACUGAUAUGCGGGAUGUCGCAGCACAACAAUCUUCACUCCCCACCGUGAAUGGUGCGUCAACGGGGUCGGCUACACUCCUAAUAGGGAGCAUGACGUCCUCUCCAACGACUGUGGAGGAUGUUUCCAUGACAGAUGCUCAGGGGGGCGUGGAAGGGAUGUUGUCAAAGACCGACUCGCUUCCGAUCCCAUCAAUAAGGCACCACAGCCCCGAGACCGAACCGAUCACCACAGUGCGCAGCCCAUCCGCAACUCAGUCGCCGCGAGCUUCUGACGACACCAAGCCCACCGAGGCGGAGACGCCUACGUCGGUCUCUCUGCUGCACGCGCCCAAGAGCGACAGCAGAUCCACGUCGCCACAACCCGCAGCGCCCAAAACCGAGAUACCCUUCCUCCUACGCGGGACACUCCGCGAAUACCAGCAUCUUGGUCUCGAUUGGCUUGCGGCGCUCUAUGCUAACAACACGAACGGCAUUCUCGCUGAUGAGAUGGGUCUUGGAAAAACCAUACAGACCAUCGCACUGCUGGCACAUCUCGCCUGCCACCACGAAGUCUGGGGCCCUCACCUGGUGAUCGUGCCCACGAGCGUCAUGCUCAACUGGGAGAUGGAGUUCAAGAAGUGGUGUCCCGGGUUCAAGAUCCUCACCUACUAUGGUAACCAGGAAGAGCGGAAGAGGAAACGCCAGGGGUGGACCAACGAUGACGUAUGGAAUGUGUGCAUCACGUCCUACCAAAUGGUCCUCCAGGAUCAGCAGGUGUUCCGACGAAGACGGUGGCAUUACAUGAUCCUUGACGAAGCCCACAACAUCAAAAACUUCAAGUCGCAACGGUGGCAAACGCUCCUCGGCUUCAACACGCAUUCUCGGUUGCUCCUGACCGGUACCCCGCUGCAAAACAACCUUACCGAGUUGUGGUCGCUGCUGUACUUCCUAGCCCCUCCCGAGAACGGCGAAGGCGGGUUCGUCGACCUCAAGGAGUUUCACAACUGGUUUUCUAGACCCGAAUCACAGAUCCUUGAGAGCGGGCGGGAGCAGCUGGACGAUGAAGCACGCGCCAUCAUCUCAAAGCUGCACAAGGUUCUCCGGCCAUACCUGCUCCGCCGUCUCAAGGCGGAUGUCGAGAAGCAGAUGCCGGCCAAAUACGAGCACGUCGAAUUUUGCCGGCUCUCCAAACGCCAGCGCGAGCUGUACGAUGGCUUCCUGUCUCGUGCGGACACGCGGGAAACACUAAACUCGGGGAAUUACAUGUCGAUCAUCAACUGCCUGAUGCAGCUGCGGAAGGUGUGCAACCACCCGGACCUGUUCGUCGACCGGCCAAUCAUGUCGUCGUUCCGCAUGCAGCGCUCAGUUGCCUCGGAUUUCGACAUCCGCGACCAGCUCGUCAGGAAGAAGCUACUAGCCGUCAAACCGAUGGAGGUCGUGAGCCUCAGUUUCCUCAACAUGAUCCCCACCCAAUAUGAGGGCAUGUCAAGCACCGACGCCGACCGGAUUUCGCAGUUGAGCACCCACCGCAUCCUUCUGGACCUUAGGGAGGCACAAAAGACCCGGGCCAACAAUGCCUACCAUGCCUUGGACCCGGCCUCGGUCAAGUCGAACCUCGUGUACCUCGAGAGCGCUGCGCGGUGGGGUCGCUUCGAGGAGCUGCAGCACUGCGUUUACCUGAACGCGCUCCGUCGCCAACAACGACCCAUCUACGGCAAGCGGCUCGUCGAUAUCUUGACACUAGAUACCCACCGCCGCCCCUACAAGCAACGGCCCAAGGUGCCCCAGAAGAUCAUGAGCUGGUUUGAAGAGGACUCGUACCUUCUGCGCAGCGCCAUCCCGACACUUCAGCAGCGGGCUGACUCGAUGGAGACAACCAUUACCAAGUUCGCCUGCGUUACCCCAGCUGUCGUGACGGGUGACAUGGGAAGACUAUUCUUGGGGCCACAGGGAGUGCAGUCCUUCGUAGAAACGGAUCUGACGCUGUCGGCACCUGUCAAGUAUGCGCCGUACAUGCCAAAGGAGCGGCCGGCAGACCCGUGGCACGAAGCGCGCAUGCGGCUGUCGAUCCAGUUCCCUGACAAGCGUCUCCUCCAGUACGACUGUGGCAAGCUGCAAACCCUCGACAAGCUCCUUCGCCGGCUCCAAGCGGGAGGGCACCGCGCCCUAAUCUUCACCCAGAUGACCAAGGUGCUUGACAUCCUUGAACAGUUCCUCAACAUCCACGGCCACAAGUACCUCCGGCUAGACGGCGCGACCAAGGUCGAGCAACGGCAGAUUCUCACAGACCGCUUCAACCACGACCCGCGCAUUCUCUGCUUCAUCCUGUCGACACGGUCCGGGGGUCUCGGCAUCAACCUCACGGGCGCGGACACGGUCAUCUUUUACGACCAGGACUGGAACCCGGCCAUGGACAAGCAGUGCCAGGACCGGUGCCACCGCAUCGGGCAGACGCGCGACGUGCACAUCUACCGGCUGGUCAGCGAGCACACGAUCGAGGCCAACAUCCUGCGCAAGGCCGGGCAGAAGCAGAUGCUGGACGACGUGGUGAUCCAGGAGGGCGAGUUCACGACCGACUACUUCAACAAGCUGUCGGUGCGCGACGUCAUCGGCACCGACGGCGAGGUGCUCGCCAACGAGGACGACGUCGCCGCCAACGCCGCCAUGGACAGGGUCCUCGGCGGCGUCGAGAGCAGCAGCAACCCGCGCAGCGCCGGCCGCGUGCUGGAGCAGGCCGAGGACAAGGAGGACGUCGCGGCCGCGCGCGUCGCCGAGAAGGAGAUCCAGCAGGACGACGCCGACUUCCUCGAGCAGCAGCCCGCGUCGGGCGUGUCGAGCGUCGGGCAGGGCACGCCGCGGGAGAGCACCACCGAGCCCAUGUCGGCUGUGGGCAAGUCCGGGUUGGGGUUGUUUGCCGAGUCGGCGGAGGAUGGGGUGGUUGUCGGGGAGGAGGAGGUGGUGGAGGUGGAGGUGGAGCACAAUGCGUUCGGGGAGCGGAUGCGUACCAUCGACGAUUACAUGGUGCAAUUCAUGGCCAGGGCGCUUGAGAACACGCCGCUAGACUUGCCCAGGGAUAAGAAGAAGGGCCGGAAGAGGGGCAGGGAUACGAGGAAGCGCUAGGUGGAGGCGUUGUGUGCGGCAAGACAUGGCGUGGCAUGGCAUGACAUGGCGUGUUGGGUUGCGAGUGUAUUAUAAUUAGCAUUCUUUGGACGUCCGCAUACGCUUGGGAUGUAUUGUUUGGGUUUGGUAUAGAUAGGGCUGUGUUGGCCCAAGACUGGGGGAAUGACAGACAUGACGAGACGUGAUC